AUGGAAUAUCAUUAUUCUGAUCUUUGUCUAGCCAACGAUCAUCUCUUGGCUGAUCCAUAUGCUGCUGAGUAUACACCUCAAUAUUUGAUUCCUAAUCAUGAUGCUGAAUAUGAGGUCAGGAGCAGCAUCCUUGUGGAUGGUGGUGACAGGUUUGGGGUGACAGCUGCUGUAUUUGACAAGUUUGAGGAAUUGGUAUGGAUGGGAAAUCAGGGUGGUCAUGUCACAUCAUAUUAUGGACCUAGUAUGCAAAAGUACACUUCUUUCCAAGUACAUGAGUCAGAAGAGGUUAGAGAUAUUAUAACUGUUGAACAAGGAUUAUACGCUUUGACCAAGUCCGCUCUACGUCAUCAGAUUAGGAGAGGAAUACCUAAAAAUACAUAUAAGUCAACGAAUAUGACUGACAUGCAGUGUUUGUACCAAGUUAGCACUACCAAAUUAUUAAUGGGUGGUCAUCAAGAUAAAUUGCUUGAGUUAGAUCUAUCCAAAAUGAAAGAGACAGUUCUACCUAUUCAAGAAGAAGGUUGUGCUGUCCUUCGUAGUGGAGGUGGUUCGCUAGUUGCGUGCGGUAGCGCUGACGGUAUGGUAGCGUUACGCGAUAUAAGAACCCCGAAAGCUGCAGAACAUACAUUCCGGGCUCAUAAUGCAUGCCUCUCAGACUUGGACAUGCAAGGCGACUUGUUGAUCUCGUGUGGUUUUACAGAUUCAGCGGGUGUUGCCGUAGCUGAACCAUACGUGGUAGUAUGGGACGUUCGCUGUCUUCGCGGAACUAACACUGGUGUUGAAGGCGCGUGGUCACUUCAGACUGCUUCACCACCUUUGCUGCUUCAUUUCUUGCCUGCAUUCUCUGGGCGAGCGGUCACAGUUUCUGGGGACGGUCAUGUAGCUUUACUGCAUGUCAACCAGCCGUCGGCUAAUCAGUCAGUUUUUCAGAUUGGCACACAGAGCUCGUUGUCAGUGAGUGUGAUGGACGUGUCUUCUACUAGUCAAGCACUUGUGUUCGGCGACUUAACUGGCCACCUUCACUUGUUUUCGCCACAGCAUAACCACGAGCCUGUUUUUAAUAAUUUCUCAAGAGCAACAGAAUUCGCAGAUCAAGUAGUAGGUUUGCCAUUCGUCGGUUUCAAAGAGACCACAUUCCAGUUUUCAACUGUACCUCUGCCGCCUUUGAGUUCUGGCUCUAAGUGGUUCAAUGAAUUGCCACCAGAAUUCUUCAAGAAAACUUUCAGGAAACCCAAGCCUAUCGACCCUGAAGUUUUGAAAACGAUGAAAAUGCAAGGACCUAUUGGGUAUGCUCCUAAUCCCAGAAACUCCAGAAGGAAUCAGAUCCCAUACGUAGAAGAUACAUUGGAAGAUUUGAAUGCGGCGAAACAAAUUGAAAACAGAUACAGCCCACAGCCUAUUCCUAAAUACUAUCAGAAGAUGGAUUUGCGAUAUAACAAACAUGGACCGAACGAUGUUGAUUUGGAGAAUUGCAAUAAAACUGGUUUUCCAGGAUUAGAGUCUACGAUUCCUAAUGCUUAUUGCAAUCCCAUGCUCCAGGUUCUAUAUUAUACACCUCCGGUGAAAUCGACAUUGCUAGCACACACUUGUGCCAAAGAAUUUUGUCUUAGCUGUGAAUUAGGUUUCCUAUUUCGGAUGCUGGAUACUUCAGGUGGGGCGCCAUGUCAGGCUGUCAAUUUUCUUCGUGCCUUUCGAACUGUUCCCGAAGCGGCGGCCUUAGGACUAAUAUUACCAGAGCGUGGGUCUGAUGCUAGAGUAGAUUUGAUCGCACUUAUACAGAGUUGGAAUCGUUUUAUACUGCAUCAAAUCCACUACGAGAUAUUAGAAACACGAAAGAAGGAGAAAGAAAUGGCGCUUAUUGCUCAAAAUAGUCCGCCGAAAGCGCGAGCUAGCAACACUAAACAUCCUGGCAGGAGCUUGGCAACACCGAAUGUGAAUGGCCAGUUCUCCGAUGAGUAUCAGUAUACUGAAAUAGAGUUUCUUGGCCCCUCAACCGAGUUCGAACAGGAGGAGACAAGGGAAGAUGGCUGGCCAGUAAAAGAAGAAGUUGGCGAUGCUGAACCAGCAGCGGUAAACAAUGAAAAUCACGAGUUACAGAACAACCACUCGGAAAGAGAAGAAUCUGAGAUAUCAAGAUUGUUUGCGAUUGGUCGAAAUCAAUUGAAUAGAUGUCUAAAGUGCAACAAAGAGGAAGAACGCGAUUCUGUCGUGUUAGCAUGCGCGCUUCAGUAUCCGACCGGUGCCCCUAGGGAGGGUAGUGAAGCGCGAGGUGGCUUCGUAGAAUUAGUUCGCGCUUCUCUAGCAGCUAGGAGAAGUACGCCCGCUUGGUGCGAAAACUGUUCCAGAUUCACACCUACCACGCAAAGAGGCAGGAUUGUCAGGUUGCCGCCAAUUCUUGCUAUAAACUGCGGCGGUCCACACGAGAAGGCUUACUGGGUGAAAGGAGCACAAAAGGAAAUGCCUGAUGUAGCGAAGCGGGGCGGUAGCGGUAAACCUUGCCGGUAUGGGUUACACUGCGCUCGUCCAGGUUGCAGAUUCAAACAUCCAGACAGACCGUCUUCCUCACAAGCGUCGUCAUCAAAGAAUUCUCCACAAGAUCCACAUUGUGUACUGCCGCAUCAGCUGCUCAUACGAUUGCAAUCUGAUGGUGACAUUAUCAUUAACGACAAGUCGGAACAGUCUUCCGCAGAAGCUCACUCAUCUAGCAAUCGAGUGGAGAGCAAACACAGGAAGAAACACAUCACUACACAAUCGGAAGAAGAAUAUACAUUAUCAGCGGCUAUAGUUUGCGUGGAAGACAAUCCUAAGAAUUUGGUCGCUUACGUACAGACGAGUAAAGAAGAUGUUCAGUGGCAUCUUUUCAACGAUUUAAGUAUCGUUCCCGUGAGUGCAGAAGAAGUGAUACACUUUGGUUCGUGGUGGAAAACUCCAUGCGUUUUAUUUUAUACGACGUCCGCUGCAAGAAUAGCCACCCCCGAAACCACAUCAUAG